CCUGAUCUUCCCAAGUGCCGAGGCCACAAGCAGUAGCAGUAGGGUGAGGCCGUUGUGUAGAAAUGAAGAGAAAUAGCCAAACUGCGCUACUUUUUCAGAAACAAGCAUCAAAGAAGAUUGCAUCUCCGGUCCAAUCUGAUAUUGUACAUGAUGAAGAAGUCGAAUCCGAUAUUGGGAGCGAGAUUGACAUUGAAGAUACAACACUACAUCCACCUUCAUCCCAACAACCAAAUGCAAGGUACGACCAAGAAAACACCAAAUCUGAUUGUACGUUCUCGUCUUGUUCUCAGCCAACCCAAUUAGUGGCCGUGGUGGUGGUACGCGGCAAUGCAUACGACAAGUCCACCCCGAUCGCCCGAGGCGUCCAUCUGGAAUCUGGAUACGCUCCCACCAGCAACAGCAACGGCAAGCGCAGUGCACCUUCCCGCCCGCCGCUGUCUCUUUAUAAAAUCAUCACUCGGCUCCACGCACUACAGCUACAGGGCAAGAGACCAGCGAAUAGUAGUAGCCCCCGGCCGGAGCGGAGAGGAGAGAUGAGCUACUACGGCCAGCAGCAGGCGCCCGUCGGCGCGCCGCCGCAGCAAGGUUACCCGCCGCAGGGCUACCCUCCGCAGGGGUACCCGCCGCCGCAGCAGGGGUACCCGCCGCAAGGAUAUGGCCAGCAGGGGUACCCGCCCCAGCAGCAGCAGCAGCAGCAGCAGGGCGGGCCUUCCUUCAUGCAGGGAUGCUUGGCCGCCCUUUGCUGCUGCUGUCUCCUGGACGCCUGCUUCUGAGAAGAAGAGAGAGACGACAUGUUCAGCCUCUGUGUUGUAGAAAUGCUCCACUGGGCACAUUUUUCUACUCCCUGCUUGUGAACCUCUGCGAUUGGAUUAUUCGGUUGGUGUGCAUGGGAUGACUAUCUGGUUGAAUGUAAUAUUCUGAUAUAUUAGAUUUUUGCAAAUAAUUCUGUAUAAUUUUAUUUU